ACAAGUAUUAUAUAUAUAUAUAUACUUGUGCUCACCACACAUCCCACCACCAUAUCUCCUUGUGCGACUAUACUACUUCAUCUCUUUCUCUUUCUUUCUUUUUCUCUCUGCACAAUCUCUCUCUGCCUCUUCUUCUGCAGAAGCAAUCAAUAGAACAGGGACAACCUGGGAAUCACACGAUCAAUGGAGGGCUCAUCGUUGAGAAUGUUUUUGGGUGGUGUUGCUGCUCUGCUGAUGUGCACGGUGUGCAUGGCCACGGACCACACUGUGGGCGGGAGCACAGGUUGGCAGGUACCCGACGACUCCUCCUUCUAUGAAAAAUGGGCAACUGAGAACACCUUCUCAGUCGGUGAUAAGCUGAUCUUCGACUUCCGGACAGGAUCGCACAACGUGAUCCAAGUAGAGAAGGCAGGGUAUGAAUCAUGCUCUUCAACCGCCCCUAUUCGCAGUUUCACUGAAGGGCCGGCCACCGUGACUCUCGAAGCCGGGAUACACUACUUCCUCUGCGGUGUAGGCACCCAUUGCAACAGCGGUCAGAAGGUGACCAUCUCCGUAAGUGCAGGCACCCCGAGCCCCACAUCUCCUACACCAAACUCCUCACCUCCUCCUCCACCAAGCAACUCGGCCUCACCCCUUACCUUUGCAGGAACAGCAACCAUCCUUUUGGCCACACUCGUCUCUUCUUACCUCUAUGUGUGAGAACAUUGAAACACAAAUGAUGGCAUCCCAAUAAAUUAUUGUUGUUGAGACUCGAUAUUCUUGUAUUUUUCUUUUCAUAUAUUCAUAAAUUGAGGAUCAUGAGUUUCGAGGUAUUCAUUUUAAUUAGCGUGAUAGGUGUAUUGGACUUGUAUCAGUAUUUUAAUUUGUCAAUGAACAGAAGUUUCUAGUA